UUAUGACUACCAUGCACAGCCCGACCGAAGGCAGCGGCGGGUGCCGACCACACAAAAUAGCCAUCACGAAAGGCAAUGGCAUGAGCUCCGAUUCCUCCAACCUGCCGCCGAUCCUGUCGGAAACGUCCAAACUUUUUGUCGCGUCAACCAAAGCCACGAAAUACAAGGACAAACUGCAUUGCCUCACGGCCCGCGACCGGCCCAAGCCAGAGUUGGUUAUGCAUCGCACCAAACCCGAGGUGUUCGCCCCAUUCAUGACCCAGAGCCUCAACCACGCCCAGCACGAACAGCUCAAGGAGGUGCUGCACGCGUUCGAGAACGACACGACUCACCACUGCCUACGGCCCGUGGAUCGAUUGUACUGGUAUUUUGGGCUUUUGGGUCAGUUAGCUAGCCAUGUUUCCCCCAUUCAAGCACUACUGCGACAGGUUCACAACGUACUCUGUGACGCGGUCUACGACAGCUCCCAUUUGCAACAUCCCCAAGCCACCAGGGGAAAGGAAUAUGCCCACUUGGCUCACCAGGUCGAGUACGACCACAUUGACGCCGACUUGGAGCAGCUCCAAGCGCAGUUGAAAGUCGAGACAUUGCACUACAGGACUCAAUCGGACGAACGCGAGUCGCUCAAAAAACUGCUGGAAAAGGCCAAAAAAUCCCAAGACAAGAUGGAGGAAGAAUUGGCGCAGCAUGCGGACGUGCUGCGACGAGACGAAGACUUGUACGAGCACUUGGUGGGGGACGAAGCGGCGCUGGACCGCAAGGCGUCACUGCAUCGACUGCAGCUCGUGGAAGCCAAGUCGAUGCUCGAAUCUGUGGCCGACAAAGCCCUCGCCAUGCGCGACGGGUUUCAGGACACGAUGUGCAUCUUGCACGACAAAGAGCGCGAGGAAAAGCGAGCCAACGAAGCGGCACAGACCCUCCAGGAGCUCCAGCGCGAACAUGCCAAACUUGUGGACGAGAGCGCGUCGCUGUCGCGCGACAUCGAGCGACUCGAGGCGCAAUUGGACGCCGACCAGAAAGUCGUGAUGGACAAACGAACGGAGCUGGAAGUGGCCGAAGCCGACUUUGCCGACAUCACGGCAAACUCGGCCGACUUGCAGCGCACCCAUACCCCGCGCCCCAAGUGGGAAUGCGUGUUUAAAGGGUUGCCGGAAGUGGCGUAUGUGGACCCGGCCCUUCAAGGCCCACCAAAAACCGCAGACAAGGUUCGGCACAAAAAGAGACCCCCGCUGGGGCGCACGCAAGUGUUUGUCAAGGAAAUGUGUCACUGGCUGCAGCGGAUCCAAGGCGACUGCGGCAUGAGUCUGCAGUUGGCGAGGCUCACGAAUGAAACGGAGGCGGCGCGACUGGAGCUGAGCACGCUACAAACUCAAAUGGAGCUGCUCGCGCGGCGGCAGAAGAAGCAGAUCUCUACGAUUCCAGGCGGCAUCGGCGGCCUUCCCAGCCUGGUGACGGUCGCCAAGACGGUGGCGGCGGCAACCAAGUUGCUCGGGGCGGCGACCGCGUUUCCGUCGGACUCGUCGCCGUUGUCGCCUUCGAUGGCCCCCAAGGACUUUAUCACUGCAUUGGGCACGACCCCCGAGAUCCCACAGUUUCUUCGCCAUACUGGCCGAGUGCGGAAUCGACACAUGACCAAGACGGAGCUGGAGAAAAUCCUUCGUAUGGUGUGGAGUGGCAAGAAAGCCAAAGAGGCGCAUAUGGGCAUCAAGAUUCCUCUGGACGAGUACUUGUACGAAGUGCUCAAGACCAAAUUUGGCAUUCAAACCAUCGUUGCAGAAUGGGGCUACAACAUUCUCCACGCCUUGAAAACGUACUCGUGGGACAGCGAAGUGGAAUUGUUUUUCCUGUGCUUGACCGGGGCAGUGUCUGAAGCUAUUCACGAUGACCAAGAGCUCCUUUUGGACGAGUGUCGAAGUCUCUUGGUGCACCCUUCACUUCACACGACCAUAUAAAGUUCUCAACACGUUGUAGUUUCGGCUGAACGACAGCUACUACGACGCAGCGUUGAAGCGCGAGCCCAAGUGUGUUCACUUGAACGACGUGAUGGCAACGCUCCACAACUUUUUCCCAAUGAAAACGCCCCUGCAACUGAAGAGUAUCGAGCGCGAGUUGCUCCGAGAGACCAAAUCCAAGGACAAGUCGGUACAAGGCACGGCGGGCGAAGCGCUCGUGGCCAUCGAUGACCUCCUGCCGACCAAACUUAAAAAGUCGAGUCGCGGGUACUUUGUCAAGAUUCUGCGCACCCAGCACUUCAAGGAGAUCCAAGACUACCUGGCGCUGCUGGAUCGGUGCAUUUCCCCCUUCUGCGAUACUUUCAAUGUUGUUGGGCGGUGCGUCUUACUUGUGGGGACACUAGGAAAAUCCGCGAGACAGACCCUCAUUCCAGCGGGCGCGUGGAAAUCAAACAAAUCAAAGCCGUUUGUGCCCACUCGACUACGAUAUGUAUAUAAUAACGUGUACUGCUUCCUAGGCCAUGCAAUCCAUUGACGUCGCUGUCACCGACAUGUGGCUCGCGGAAUGCAUCUCUCGCGGGAUUCCGAAGAGAUUGGUCGGACACAUGGACAUGUCCAGCGUCGUGGAGUAUCGAGUGUUCUUCAAGGUACCGCUGCUCGUUGACCCAUGGAGGCUUUGGAAGUCAUACAUGUCGUCGAUUCUGGCUAGAAAAUGAACCUCAAACUCAUGAAGCACAGCCUCAACUUCUUUCCCAAGGCGCAGCCAACGUCGUUUCACUCGGCACCGCCGACGGCAACAUGACACGACCAGCCAAUGGCCUUGCUUCGUUUGGAACGAGAUUGAAAGACCACCAAUCAAAACGCUUGGUUUUGAAAACUCGUAUCCGGAAUUGAUGGCAAAACAAACAUACACUUAACGCGCAUAUUCCAUGUUGUUUUGUCA